GCAGCGGACCCAACAAGUCGGGCGCCGGGGAGGCUCAGGUGUUCUUGGAGGAGCGCCUCACUCACUCUCUCACUCCGCCUCUCGCGGUCUUCCUUCUCUCUUCUGCCUCCGACGCCCGAGCCAUGUUGCCCGCCGCCGUCCGGAGGUGGCUCCACAAACCGAAGCGUUCUGAUACCAGACUGUUGUCACAGUUUUUCUAUGCUGAUGAACGAGUGACUCAAGUAGUGACAGAAAUCAACUGCCUGGAUGUCGAGACAGAUCCUCAACAAUACUUAGCACUGCUAAACCAGUUGCACCUUAGUCAGGCUGAACUGCUGUCCAUUAUAGAACAGAUUAUGGAUGAGUGCAUCCCCACAGAACGUCAUGGCCGUGACUAUGUCAUUAAAUUCCCUGAAGAUCUUUUGGUAGACAACCUCCGGAAUCACAUGCUGUUUGCUGCUGAGUGUCUGAUGGCACACACCUAUAUUGAUGUGGAUGAGGCAGAUGGAGUACGAUUACGACCCCUAGCCAAAGAUCUCCUGUGCAGCUUAGAGUUGGUGCGGGUGGUCCUUCGGGAACAAAGUCUGAACCAACCAGGACCUUAUUCAGAGCCUAUCCGGAGGGCACUGGUUCGCUUCGAUAUGCUCUUUGCUGAGUUUGAGCUAAGCUACGUUUCAUCUUUAGUCUCAGUGAAAUCGCCUGAAGAGAUCUAUAGGCAGCAGGAGAUCGUUGUGCUCUUUUGCGAAACUGUGGCCAGAGCUUUAAAACUUGGUCAUUUGACUCAGGAUAUGAUUGAUGGAUAUGAACCACAGCUGAUGUUCACCAUUCCUCGCCUGGCCAUCAUUAGUGGUCUACUGAUUUAUCCAGAUGGACCCCUCAACUUGGAGAGGAGGCCUGAGGAGAUAUCUAGAGUGUUCAGUCCGUUUUAUGUCUUGCUUAGAAAAAUCAGGGAACUGCUGCGUGUUCUGUCUAAGGAAGAACUCUACAAGCUGGAGAAACGAGUGCUGAAUGAGAAUGCUGCAGAUUCACAGCCCUUCAGUGACAAAGACUCUCAUGACUCCAGAGAUCUUUCAACUCGACACAGUUGCCCACCUGCCCCAAGGCAUCUUGGGCAAGAGGCUACUAACAUCAUAGGACCUCCACAGAGUACCCGGAGGAUGGAGCUGCGAGCCCGCUACAGCAAUACAGAGGAUAUGAUUCACACGCUAUUUGUCUGCAUCUCUGGAGUGGCAGACCAGCUCCAGACCAACUUUGCAAGCGACCUGCGUGCCAUUCUGAAGAGUGUGUUCAAAAUUGUGACCUCCCGGACAGAGGAACUGGUGGUGACAGACACUGGCCAGACACAGAUAUGCGUGGCACCAACAGAUUCUCAAACACAAAACUGUGCUCUCUGUUCCAAUAGCAGAGAAGGCAAUGGCAGAGAAGGUGCUUUGGGGCCACCAGAAUGGGUGCCAGACAGUACUUGCAGCCACUGCAUGGCCUGCCGCCAACCUUUCACAUUUCUUCGUCGACGCCAUCAUUGCCGGAGUUGUGGAAAGAUUUUUUGCUCCCGCUGCUCGUCACACCUGGCACCUCUGCCCCACUUCAGGCAACUGAAACCAGUCCGUGUGUGUACACACUGCUACACCACCCACUUGCCUUCUAGCAGCAAAACUAUGAAUUGUUCAUGAGCAAUAGCUUGCACACUGUGUCUUCAUCAAAACACCACUUGUGCCUGAGAAAACAACAGAUCAUACUGGAAAGCGGCAGACGCCUGUAUCACCUACAGAGGAGCAACCACACAUUACUAGGAUCCUCGUGGGAGCUCUUCAGAACAGGGUUUGGGGUGAAAGGGAAUUCCAGGAUUUAAUCUCUCCUGUUUGAUGCAAAGGACUCUUUGGGACUUGUUUUGGCUUGAGAUAAAAUGAACUACAGAUGCCUGGGCAAAAUCUUCGACAUCUCAAUGAAAGCUUGUCCCAUUCUCCAUUUUUCUUCGCCAGAUGGAGAGAACUCUGAACUUUAUAGAGAUUGCCAGGUACUGGCUCCUGGGCUUCUGGUGGAGAAUUGAUAGUCUUCUGUCCUACAGAUUUGUUUUUGAGAAACCUGUGAGACUGCAUUACCAGAUUUUGGUAUAUGUGCAGUUCGGGCUUUAGGGUGCCUUUGGCUAGAACUGAAAAGAUUGCCCAGAAAUAGAGCCUUGGGAAUGAUAGCCAUAGCAAUUUGCCUACCAGCUUAGGAUACAGCGAAGAGUUGCAGCAGUCUUCAUACACAGUGUGCUUUCUGUAGACACCAACUACUACAGGGUUGUGUGGAAGACACUUUGGAAACCUCUGAGAGAGACCUACAGUUCUUGAAACCAAAUUGAAUUGGUUAUAUUCCUGAAUACUUGAAUAAAUGUGGUUAUUAUAUCUAACCUAUCUUCUCUGGGUUCACAACACCUGCACUUGUUGCAUUGUUACACUGGUAGUUCAGAGGGAAUCUGCUCUGAAUUCUUCUCCAGGAAGACUAUAAAACUUGUUGCCAUAUCGGCCAAGUGUCUCUGGGUGUGGUUUUAUUGGCAGCAGCAUUUGCCUUUGAUCUAACUUAAACAGUAGGCCUCACUGGAAAUAUGAGCCAGUACAAGUUGGUUAUCCUUUAUUCGAAAUGCUUUGCACCAGGUGUGCUAUCACACCCAAACUGCUCAAAUGUCUUUAGCACUAACGUGUCUUAACUUUAUAUCAUCUUGGAGGAUGCUGGUUUGCCUUCAUGUUUGAGCAAGGAACCCCACAGAAUCAAUGUCCAUGCUAUUGCCUUCAAGAUACAGUAACAAUUUAUUAAUUGGUCUUGGCCCUAUCUCCACCCAGUCAUUAUCUUGGUUUCCCCACAACAAAGGCCAUACUUAAAGUUUGAAGGUAACUGGUUGUUCUUCAAGUCACUGCUAGUGGGUGAUUCUGGAUACGAAGGGCAGAUGAAACAUUCCCUUGUUUACUUUCUCUGGGGUGCCCAAUGCCCAAAGUGAUCAGGAUGGAGGCUGAGAGAACAGACCUCUCCUAUUGAGGCCUGGUACCUUGCUGAAGGUGCUGGGAACUCCACAGGCUGUCACUGCCCAGUGGUAUAUCGGUAUAGCCACAUGAGUUCCCAGAAUGGUAGUUGUAGUAUUACUGGCUCGAAAUGGCUUGUUCAAGCCUGGUUCUCACUGGGACCAACCAUAGACACAUCUUGCUUCCAAGUUUCCCUGGUAGUAAUAACCUUAAACUAAAGAUGGCUCCCUUUUCCCGGGCAAAGGGGCGGGCCAAUUUCCAAUUCAAAACCAGAAAGGGUUUCCUUAAGCCCCACCCUUGUAAAACUAACAGAAAAAUUGCUAUUCUCAAGCUGUGGGGGGGACAGCCUAACAAAACGAGCUGGGAACUAUACAGUUCAAUCACACCAGGAAUGUUCUGCAUUUGGGAUCUCUUUGUAUUCUGGAGUAAUUGCAUAUAGAUGGGACCUAAAGACAAAUGUUAUGUUUCUCAUGAAAAUGACAUCACAGAACGUUUUAAAUAAUUUUGUGUAUGAAAUAAAUUUUGUGUACAUGUAA